CACUAUUCUGUGCUAGAAUCUCAACUACCUGCAUCAAUGAUCAGUCAGUUGAAGCUGCGGUUUGAAUCUCUGGAAAGUGAAAAUGAGAAGUGUCCUUGUUGUCAUAACAUGCUUUGUUUGUUAUUUUACUUUAGGCACGGCGCUUGAAGUAGAUACUUGCAGUAAUGGAGAAAAGGGUCUUGAAAAAAUUGACCAAGAAAUACAAAUUGGACGUUGCAAAAAAGUUCCCUGCAGGUUAAGAAAGGGUACAGCUGUUAAAGCUCAAUUCAAGUUCAAACCAGCGUUUGAUAGUCCGACUCUUGUGAAUAGGGUAUCAGCUAAGAUUGUUGGUAUUCCUUUUCCAUUCAUUGGUGUGGAUGGUACUGAUGCUUGUAAAACAGUAUUCGAUGAAAGUGGAGAGAAGCAAGUGGGAUGUCCUUUGAAGAAGGGCCAAACGUAUGUCUUCAAGGAUCAGUUCGAUAUCUUGAGCAUCUAUCCCUCGAUCAAAUUGGAGGUGCAUUGGGGCCUAGAAGGAAGUACUGGAGAUAAUGUGGUCUGCUUCGAAGUGCCGGCCAGAAUAACAAAUUAGGUUUAGAUGAAAUUGAUCUGUUCAGAGAUAUUUCGUGUCCAAAUAAUAUUACCUUCAUGCAUCAGUGAUAUUAAUAAAAUUUCUUAUUGUG